GUGAAGGGAAAGGAGUUCUACUAUAACGGACAGAAGGUGUUCCUAUCGGGUGCUAACGUGGCCUGGAAUGAGAUCGGAAAGGAUUGGGGAAAUGGACAGUAUUGGAAACACAGGUCUAAAAUGAAUGAGUGGUUGUCCGGUAUCAACACUCAUGGAGGAAAUGUAGCCCGAGUUUGGCUCCACUGCGGAGGAGACAUAUCCCCACAGUUUGACUCAGUCCCCAUACAGCACCCUUGGCUAGUCGUCUUGCUACAGCAGUUUCUUGAAGUCCGGGAAUACCUGCUGCGCCUCUUUGUGUUGCAAAAGUAUCAUAAGUUAAACUCGAUUUUGAAGAAAGACGACGGCUUUAUAACCGAUGAGAAAAAGAUUGAGUCAUAUCUUGACAAAGCACUCAAACCUAUGGUCGAGGGGUUGAAAGGUAAGAAAGCAUUGGCCGCCUGGGAGAUAGAGAAUGAACCCGAGGGGGCAAUGGAUAUCUGGACCAAAGAGUCGGACCCCAACACUUGUUUCGACAUUUAUCGGUGGCAGAAGAGUAACAAAGGCAUGGGAUAUGAGUCCAAGUUUCCCAUUAAAAAAAUUCUUCGACUCUUCAAUUGGAUAUCGUCUGCCAUUCAUACCGCGGAUCCGUUAGCACUGGUAUCGGUCGGCACCUGGAAUCCCAAGACUAACACUCAUGAGUGCUCCGAUUGUUUCAACUUAUAUCAGGACCAGUGUUUGGUGGCCGCGGGAGGCAAAGCCAAUGGUGUUAUGGAUUUCUAUCAAAUCCAUUCAUAUGAGUGCGGACAGGAACACCCUAUCAAGAGGUCGGCCCAACAGUACGGUCUCGACAAACCCCUAAUGGUCGGCGAGUUCUCCACUAAGAGGUCGUGUGUCUCAGACUCGGCUGAAGUAUACAAACACUACUACUUCAGUGAAAUAAUUUGCAUAUAUUUGCUGGCAUACCUGUUCAGUGGGUCUGAUGCCUACCUACAGGUGAAGGGAAAGGAAUUCUACUAUAAGGGACAGAAGAUAUUCAUAUCGGGUGCUAACAUAGCGUGGAACCGAUUGGGAAGUGAUUGGGGAAAUGGUGGCAAGUAUUGGGAGCACAGGACUAAAUGA